CGCAUACAACGGGGAUCCUUCUUCAACCUUUGCUCUGUUCUCUGAUUUACCUUCCUUGCAAAGGUCGCCGGAGCUCUAUCAUCAACACAACAACGCACAGAUGGAGAGGUACGGCUACCCCUCGCCGCCGGGCAGCGGACGUGCCAACGAAGAGGAGAAGGCGAUGCCGCGGGCUUGCCCAGAUGUGUCUGCAGACCUGUACACCGUCGAGGCCGCUCAUGCCUUCGCUUCUUUGCCAGUCUCCCACCAUGAUGCUCGAGGACGCGGCCCUCUCUCGGCCUCGCUCUCCAAAGUGACGAGCCCAGAGCAGCAAGUAGGAAACGACUCCUUGACGCCGCCGGCAACGACCAACGAAAAGGAACGCGAGGAGCACCAGCACCAGCACCAGCAGCAAGAUGUCCUGGAACGCUAUCGGCAGCCUUCGGUCGAUGCUUCCCGGGCGAGCUUGGUCCGCCCAGGCGGCAUCACCGCCACCGAGCCCUCAAUUGCCCAGCGUCCAACGACGCCCGUCAAGGUCAAAGCCGCGCCAGCACGUCGAUACGACCACGGCAUUCGUCUGCAUGCUGGCCACUCGCUCCACAAGGUAGUGCCAGUCAGAGAUACGCCUGGCAAUCCCUUCCUCGAGGGUGGGCCCGCCGAUCUGGGCUACACCGGCCGCCGAGUGGGCUCUGCCCGCAGCCAUCCAGCGAUGCCCAGGGAGCGUGGGACCAUGACCUACGUCUUCCGGGGCCAGCGUGUCACGUACGCGGACGCCUUUGCGAGCGACUCGGACGACUCGGGCGGAGAGGACGAUAACGAAAGCGAGGAUGGGCCUGUGUACAGCCUCGACAAGCUUCAGCCUAGGCUCCUUUUCCCGGGAACCAAGGCUUCCGUCGCCGCCCAGGCUCCACAGCGGCCUCCGUUCCGGGGCAUCCUCAAAGAGACGGCAAGGUCAUCGUCACAGCACAGUCUUGGCCGUCUUCAGCAGGAGUGCCUUUCUUCGUCGUCGUCGGCGUCGUCGUCAUCAUCAUCAUCUUCCACGAUGAAGUCAAAAGCAAAUCUUGAGCUGCUCGACCGACUCGAUCGAGCAGGCUGGAGCGACGACGAUGACGAUGAGGAGGACAUCAACGAUGACGAGCGCGAUGAUCAAUGGCACAGUGAGAGAGUACAGCGGAUGGGCCGGUCUCGCUCUCAUCAGGGCAUCGUGGCAGCCAACGCCAGGACGCUGGCGGCGAUGCACGAGGACGAAGACUACGAUGCAAUGGACGGUGACCAGCCUGCUGGGCAGAAUGCGCCGGUGCCAAGCGUGGGAGACCGAAAACGGAAGCACGUCGAGGUCGAGGAGGUGCAAGGUCAGGAUGUCAAACGGGCAAAGACACUCGUUGCUCCCGGAUUCGCGGGCGGCCAGGAUAGUGACCACGGGCAAGGACUCAGUUGUCGGCAGCAAGCCCCAGUGCACGAGGACGACGACGAUAACCCCUUUAUCGACCAUGCCAGAGGGGCGGCGUCGAGUGAGGAAGAGGACGAAAACCGACAGGAAGGCGAGACCAACUGCUCGUUUACCACUCGACUCGCUUCGACGCAGUCCCGCUUCGCUCCCUACCAGCCCAGGCAGCCCAGGCUUGGGGCGCCCCGGGGCCACGCCCACGGCUGGGCUCACAGCAUGCACGUCCCAAGCCACCUCCGCAGGAUGCGCUGAUCAAGGACUUUUGCUUCCCUUGCACCAAAGCUCAUGUUCCCAUCCUCCUUCCUGCUUGAGUCUUCCCCUCAUUCUCGCUCUAACGCCGCACUUCAUGUCCACAUCAUCCCAUUCAUACAUCGAAUCGUCUACUACACUGAGCUGCUAUUCCGGCAUCAGCGCUAAAAGCACCGCAAUUACCAUCAAAUUUCCUCAUCAUCACUCCAAUGUUUGUGCUGUCGUCGUCACAAGA